GGUGGCGGCCAGCGGUCGGCCAUGGCGGAGGCAGAGGCCGGCGGCGACGAAGCCCGCUGCCUGCGGCUGAACGCCGAGCGGGCCAGGGCGCUGCUGGCCGAGGUGGACACGCUGCUGUUCGACUGCGAUGGCGUGCUGUGGCGCGGCGAGACGGCCGUGCCGGGCGCGCCGGAGACUCUGCGGGCGCUGCGGGCCCGCGGAAAGCGACUGGGCUUCAUCACCAACAACAGCAGCAAGACCCGCACGGCCUACGCGGAGAAGCUCAAGCGCUUGGGUUUCGGCGGCCCGGUGGGGCCCGAAGCGGGCCUCGAGGUCUUCGGCACGGCCUACUGCAGCGCGCUCUAUCUGCGCCAACGCCUGGCCGGCGUGCCGGACCCCAAGGCCUACGUGCUGGGCAGCCCGGCCUUAGCCGCCGAGCUGGAGGCCGUGGGUGUCACUAGCGUGGGCGUGGGCCCGGAGGCGCUGCACGGCGAAGGGCCGGCCGACUGGCUGUCCGCGCCGCUCGAACCCGACGUGCGCGCGGUAGUGGUGGGCUUCGACCCACACUUCAGCUACAUGAAGCUCACCAAGGCCGUGCGGUACCUGCAGCAGCCCAACUGUCUGCUCGUGGGCACCAACAUGGACAACCGGCUCCCGCUGGAGAACGGCCGUUUCAUUGCGGGUACCGGCUGUCUGGUGCGAGCCGUGGAGAUGGCCGCCCAGCGCCAGGCGGACAUCAUCGGGAAGCCUAGCCGCUUCAUCUUCGACUGCGUGUCCCAGGAGUAUGGUAUCAACCCCGAGCGCACAGUCAUGGUAGGAGACCGCCUGGACACAGACAUCCUUCUGGGCGCCACCUGUAGCCUGAAGACUAUCCUGACCCUCACCGGCGUCUCCAGUCUUGAGGAUGUGAAGAGUAAUCAGGAAAGUGACUGCAUGAACAAGAAGAAAAUGGUCCCUGACUUCUAUGUUGACAGCAUAGCCGACCUCUUGCCUGCCCUUCAAGGUUAAAGAUAAAGUGUCUUUAAUCUCUGGAAUAAAAAAAAAAAAAAGAAAAGAAAAGAAAA